GGUGUUUUGGCGUCUAUAUUGAAAAUAAUGGCAAAUCCCGUGCAACCCUGAGUGAAUAAGUGCGACACACACUCGACAUGAAGAGAAUUGUUUCUAUGAAAUUGACAACAUAGUCAAGAAAUUUCAUAUCAAAGUUGCUGCGUAAGAGAGAAGCAGUCUGAAAUCCAAUACACAUCGUAGUCCAUUAUGGAAGAAAACCCAUUCAAGAAUUUGAAAAUUUCAUCCUCAGAAUUUCUGAAUUCGUUAGAAAAUCGAACUGAAUGUCCAAAAUGUUUGAAGUCCAGGAAAUUUUACUGCUACAAUUGUUUUGUUCCAGUUAAAGGCACAGAGGACCUUAUUCCUAAAGUACAUUUGCCUUUAAAAAUUGACAUCAUCAAACACCCAAAUGAAUGUGAUGGUAAAAGCACAUCGGCUCAUGCUGCAGUUCUGGCUCCGGAUGAUGUCAGAGUGUUCACUUAUCCGUGUAUUCCAGAUUAUCCAGACAGAAAUAAGGUUGUUUUAGUGUUUCCUGGGAAAAAUUCAUUGACUAUGGAAGAAAUGGCAAAACGAAUAAAUAAGAAUGACAGUUAUAAUGACUGUGCUGGAGAUUCACAACAUGAUUCCCCAAAUACUGACAUGAAAAGACAUGAUUCAAAGCUAGGAGAAUCUGAUGAUGAAGAAGAGGAGAGCAAGUCUGUGUCAGAUGAAACUACUGUAACAAUGGAGGGGAAGUCAGACAAAGGUUUACCCUCAAAAAGAAAGGCUGAGGAUCACCCGGGGAGACAGAAGAAGAUCAGGAGUUCAAAACAGACUGUUCCUUUUGAAAGAGCUGUCUUUGUCGAUAGUACUUGGCAGCAGACUAAAGGGAUAGUAGCUGAUGACAGACUUAAAGACAUGACAUGUAUACAGUUGGAAUCAAGGGAAACCAAAUUCUGGAGGCACCAGAAGGACAACCCAGCGACAUAUUUAUCCACUAUUGAGGCAGUGUAUUAUUUGGUGCGGGACUACCAUGACCUUUUUGUGAAUGAUUCUUACAAUGGAGAAUAUGACAAUCUUUUAUUUUUCUUUACCUUCAUGUACCAGAAAAUAAGGAAGAUGUAUGAUGGCGGUAAAGACCUAAAGGCUUACAAACAGAGAAUGAUAAACUCGUCUGGAAGUGAAACUGUCAAAUAAAUUGUUCGGCAAAUACAUAUUUAUCCCGCUUCAGUCAAAUUUGUAGAUAAUUGAUUGGAUAAAAGCGAAUCACAUAAUGCCCUGAAUUUUUUUAUAUUACGUCUCUGUAUGGAGGGUGUAUAAGUUUUGACAAAUCACAUGAUAUCCUAAAAUUUUCAAUACACUGUCUCCGUUCAGAGAGUUUGGCAACUGUGACGUCACUUACGAAUCAUAUGAUGCCCUGAAAUUUCAAUACACCACCUCUGCAUGUACAAGGGUAUAUUGUUCUGACAGCUACCAUAGCUUCCAAUGUAUGUCUGCUUUCAGUUUCAACAUACAUAUGAUUUGUUUAUUUAAUGUAAUGUGAUACCAAGUUUGAUAUCUCUGUCAAUGAAAGAGUUCUUAGAUAAUAAACAGACAGUAUCUUUCUACCUCCA